CUGGUGCAGAAACUGGUGCGCGGACACCUCGCCAGGAGGAGGCUGGCGACGCAGCGGGCGGCGGCGGUGAAGAUCCAGGCGGCCGUGCGCAUGCAUCAGGCGCGGCGCCGCUACCGCGCACUGCGCGCAGGCGUCGUCAAGGCGCAGGCGCUCGUCAAGGGGCGCCAUACGCGCCGACGCUACCACAAGCUUAAGGAGGAGAUGAUGCGCAGGAAGCGUGCAGCAGCAGCGAGUGCAGCACGUGCAGCAGCUGCAGCAGGCGGGCAGCAGCAGCAGCAGCGCGCUGUGGCUGCGGUCAACCACCUGGACGUGCCGGCCGAGCUCGCCUUCGUCUUCAGCAAGACCAAGGACUGGCAAGCCCCCCACGGCGACCGCCACAUCACCAAGGCGGGGAGCGUGCGCCCCCAGCUCAUGGGGCACUCCCUGCCCCCCGACCUCGACUUCUACCCCUUCACUAAGUUCACCAACGUCUACUUCAAGUCGCACCUAUGGGGCAUGAAGAGGGAGCCUAUCCGCACCCCGUUCCUAGCGAAGGCCCGGGAUGCGGACUACAGCGACUCCCUGGCGGUCUUCAAACUCAUCCUGCGCUUCAUGAACGACACGUCCCUUGCUGGGACCAGGGAGACCGUCCUAGCUGACUACAUCGUCAAUAAGGGCAUCACCAACGAGGACCUGCGAGACGAGAUCCUGUGUCAGCUCUGCAACCAAACCUGGCGUAACGACAACCAAGCGAACGCUGAGCGCGGCUGGCUGCUGCUAACUAACUGCCUCUCCUGCUUCCCUCCAUCACCUACGCUAUAUAAUUACCUUCUCAAGUACGUGACGGACCACGCCCCCCCAGGGUACGGGGCACUGUGCCAGGGUAAGCUGCUGUCGGCGCAGGCGCGCAGUGACGGCGUCGCGCGCACGUUCCCGCCCAGCGCGCUCGAGUGGCGCACUAACACGCGCAGGGGCAAGAUGGCGCUCGAGGCCUUCUGUCCUGAUGGCAAGUCCACGGUGGUCGAGGUGGACUCGUGGACGACGGGGUCUGAGUUCGCGGGGGCGGCGCUACAGGCGCGCGGUAUCGAGUCGAGCAGCAGCGGCUGGACGGUGGCGCUCGCCGAGCACGAGCGCCUCUACGAGCUGCCGGGCGAGGAGUACGUGCUCGACCUCGUCGUCCAGAGGGAGCUGCCACCAGCCUUCCCUGCUAGGGCGUCGCCUGCCCUGAGGAAUGGGCCGGCGUCUGAGGGCGUGAGCGACGCGGGGGCGGCGCCCUUCACUGAGUCGCCUGUUGUCGCCCGCAGGGCGCGCUCGCCCCCCGCGCUGACGCGCAAGCUGUCGCGCGAGGCGCUCGAGGCGCACGACAAGGUGAUGACGUCAGCACCUGACAGCGGCGCCGAGGAGCAGGCGUCAG